AUGACAUACAAAGAAUUACUGCAUAUGCCAUUGGAUAAUGGUGUUAAUAUUGCUUACCGUCUUUCACAUCCGAUCGAUAAAUCGUUGGAAACCAUUGUUAUGCACCAUGCUUUCUUAAUGAAUUCUCGAUUUUACGAUCAACAAUUUAAGGAUACUCGAUAUGCAAACUAUAACCUGAUAUCAAUCGAUGCGCAUGGCCAUGGAGAAACAACAGGUCGUGGAGACAAAUUCACGUUUUGGGAUACUGCUUCGGAUUCCUUACAACUUCUUACCAAGCUUGGCGUAGAUCGGUUUUAUGCAAUGGGAACUACUCAAGGAGCUUCUAUUGCUCUUCGAAUGGCUCUACUCGAACCUCAAAGGGUCAAAGGAUUGAUUCUGCUGGCAACUACAGUCUAUGCUACGCCGGAACAAGCUAGAAUCAAUGCAGGCAAAGGUCGUGCCAAGUGGUGUGAAACAAAAAUUCCAUCCGAUGAGGCAAUAACAAUGAGAGCAGGAUCAUUUGGAGGUCCUACACGCAUUAACGAAAAGGUAUUUGAAAAACUCAAAGAAAUGUGGAUUCAACGACAUGCUGGUGCUGAAGGUUAUGAUCCAGCAUUGAAUUGUCUUCUCGAUCGUGAUGCAAUUGAUGAUCAACUGGACAAAAUUACAAUGCCAACCAUGGUUCUUCAUGGAUCCGAAGAUCGAAUUAUCACAACAGACGAAGUCAAUAUGUGGGUACCGAAACUGCCUAAUCUGUGGAAGUUUUUAGUUGUCGAGAGAGGUGUUCACCAUCUUCCAUUGACAGAACCGGGCAAUGAUGUCGCUGCCGACUUGAUCACUCAAUUUAUCAAAGAAACAUCAUAA